AUGAUGGUCGCCAUGGCGACCCCGAAGCGGCAUGUGUGCCUCGUCGCAAUGUUGGUCGUUCUCGCGGCAGUGCUGUCCUGCCACCUUAACAGAGUCGCUAGCGUCGUCAUGCAGGCCGAUCAAGCUGCGGCCCUGCUGAACAUCAAGUCGGCCAUGCGGGCUCACCAACACCACGUGGGCCCAAAAGCACCACGUGGGGCCAACAACACCACCGGCGGCCCUGCUGAACAUAAAGGCGGCCAUGCGACUCACCUACACCACGUGGACCGCCACAAAAUGUGUCCUUCCUUGUUCCCCUCUUCCACCUCCGCUCCCCCUUGUCUGCCGUUCCCCAUCCGCCCAUCAGCGACGGCCCUGCUGAACAUCAAGGCGGCCAUGGGACUCACCUACACCACGUGGGUCGCCACCAAACCGUGCACUCUUAAUGGCGCCACUGCAGCCGCCGGCGAGUGGGAGCGCGUGACGUGCUCCGCUGACGGCCUCGCCUACUCCAUGUGGAUGCCAUGGAACUUCCUGGAUGGCAGCCUCUCAGACUAUCUCAAAUUCUUCUCCACGCUCACCAACUUGAAUCAACUGGCCAUGCAGUACAUGUUCUUCUCGGGGUCAUUCCCCAGCGUGCUCACCACUCUGCCCAGCCUCACCAGUCUGUCGCUGCGCUUCAACUACCUCACGGGCUCGCUCCCAUCAACCAUCACAAAGAUCAAGUCGCUGGACAUCAAUCAGAACUACUUUGUUGGCUCUAUUCCCUCAGGCACCUGGUCCUACUGCGAUGCCACCAAUAACUGCCUCACCGGUGCUGGAAACUGCCAGAAUUACUACCAGAGGUCCUCGUGUGCUAUUUGCGGCAGCACUGCCGGGACCGGCACGUUGUGCGCAGCGGGGCAAUCUUGUAUGCCGAGCGCUGACGCCAAGAUAGCAGCCGGCCAGAACAAUUAUGGAGGAGAAGUGGCUCUGUCGUGCGUUUACACGCCCAUCACCAUGAACCUCGCUGACGCUGCUGCCAUGCUGAACGUCAAGGCCUCGCUGGGAGUGACGUACACCACUUGGGCCGCCACCACACCGUGCCGCUUUGAUCAAUCCACCGUGGCCCUUGCAAAUGAGUGGACUGGCGUCCGCUGCACGGACACUGGCAAGGUGUCUGACAUAGUUGUGAACAACGCAAACCUCAAGGGCUCGCUUCCUUCCGAUCUCGCCUCGCUCACAGCUCUCACCAACAUCGGCGCUCCCGGCAACUACCUCAUAGGAACCGUGCCGCCGCUCGGCCCUCUGCUGCUCGUAUUGGACCUCAACUUCAACUUUAUCUCCGACCUCCCAUCCGCGGCCUACACGUGGUGCGGAGGCAAUCUCAACUGCCUCGUCACGCCCUCCAAGUGCACCACCGGCGGCACGGUUCAGCGGGUUGCGGCGGAUUGUGCCUUCUGCGGCACCACCAACGGCGCACCUCCGUUCUGCUGGGGAGCGGGAGGGGUGUGCACGCCUGACGCGGCCGCAGCCGUGGCUGCCAGCACUACGAACCCGAAUUCGCAGCCCACGCUCCCCAGGGCGUGCGUGGGCGGGCCGGUUGUGGCCUUGAAAGACACCACAGGGCGUCCCCCAACCGCCUGCUUCCCGCCUUGCUGGCCCAUCCCCUGCGUGCGCCUCAUCCCUCCUCCAUCCCCCGCGUGCCCCGCACCAGCCAUGCUCGCCCUCAAGGCCUCGCUGGGUGUCACCCUCACCACGUGGGCGGCCACUGUGCCGUGCCAACUUGCGGGGCAGACCACCACGGCUGCAGUGUGGAGUGGCGUGCUGUGUGACAGCACUGGGAGGGUCGUGAGCAUGGCUGUGGCUAACUCGAAGCUCAAGGGAUCACUUGCUUCGGACAUCUCCACGCUCACAGCCCUCACUUACCUCAACCUGCAGGGCAAUCUCCUCAGCUACCGCAUCGACUCCUUCACCACCAACCUCCGAGCCUUGCCAGUGCUGGCCGACAUCGGUGCGGUCUACAACUACUUCAUCGGCACUGUGCCAGCGCUCGCCUCUGGGCUGCUCACUCUGGACGUGCGCGGCAACUUCCUCACAGACGUGCCCACAGCCAGCUACACGUGGUGCGGGGGCGCGGGCAACUGCCUGCUGACGCCCUCCAAGUGCACCAGCGGAGGCUCCGCCCAGAGGCCUGCAGCGGAUUGUGCCUUCUGCGGCACCACCAACGGCGUGAGGCCCUUCUGUGCGGCGGGAGGGGUGUGCACAGUGGACUCGGGUUCAGCCGUCAAUACCGGCGCUGUGAACUUGCCGACGCAGCCCGUGCUGCCCAUGGCGUGUGUGGGCGGCCCUCUCUACAUGAAUGCGGGAGAUGGUGAGUGGGUACUGUUUGAGAGGUCCCAUCGAGGUCCCAUCGGUGAGUACUGUUUGAGAGGUCCCAUCGCGUCGGCCCUGCUGAACAUCAAGUCGGCCAUGGGACUCACCUACACCUCGUGGGCCGCCACCAAUCCGUGCACGCUUGAAGGCGCCGCUGGCAAAGCGGGCGAGUGGGAGCGUGUAACCUGCACCCCUUUCGGCCGCGCUUACGUGCUCGCGCGCGCGCGCACGUACGCAUGUGUGUGUGAGCAUGUGUGCAGAAACCUGGACUCUGCAGGGCUCGUGCGCAAGAGCUUCCCAUCAGACAUCUCCAAGCUCACGGGGCUUGGUGUAGUGUGGAUGCCAUGGAACUUCCUGGAUGGCAGCCUCGCAGACUACCUCACAUACUUCUCCACGCUCACCAACCUGAAUCAACUGGCCAUGCAAUACAUGUUUUUCUCCGGGACAUUCCCCAGUGUGCUCACCACUCUACCUCUCCUCACCAGUCUGGCACUCCGCUUCAACUACCUUACGGGCUUGCUCCCAACAAGCAUCACAAAGAUCAAGUCGCUGGACCUCUAUCAGAACUACUUCGUCGGCUCCAUUCCCUCAGGCACCUGGUCCUACUGCAACGCCGCAAACAACUGCCUGGGCAGCGUGGGGGCCAACUGCCAGAAUGCCUUCCAGAGGUCCUCCUGUGCUAUCUGCGGCAGCACUGCCGGGACCGGCACGCUGUGCGCAGCGGGGCAAUCUUGUAUGCCGAGCGCUGAUGCCAAGAUUGCAGCGAAGCAGAACAACUACGGAGGCGAGGUGGCUCUGUCGUGCGUUUACACGCCCAUCACCAUGAACCCCGCUGACGGUCUGUGCUGCCUCCCUUCCUACUCGUUCGUUCCCAAUUUGGAACACGCUCGCUUUCUGCCCCUUGUCUGUCCUACCUGCGCGCAUCACUUCUGUGUCCCUCCACACUCCUGUGUGCCACGUCACACUCCUGUGUGCCCCGUCACACUCCUUGCCGUGCACCCUCACUUGUCACCCCCUGCAGCUGCUGCCAUGCUGAACGUCAAGGCCUCGCUGGGAGUGACGUACACCACUUGGGCCGCCACCACACCGUGCCGCUUUGAUCAAUCCACCGUGGCCCUUGCAAAUGAGUGGACUGGCGUCCGCUGCACGGACACUGGCAAGGUGUCUGACAUAGUUGUGAACAACGCAAACCUCAAGGGCUCGCUUCCUUCCGAUCUCGCCUCGCUCACAGCUCUCACCAACAUCGGCGCUCCCGGCAACUACCUCAUAGGAACCGUGCCGCCGCUCGGCCCUCUACUGCUCGUAUUGGACCUCAACUUCAACUUUAUCUCCGACCUCCCAUCCGCGGCCUACACGUGGUGCGGAGGCAAUCUCAACUGCCUCGUCACGCCCUCCAAGUGCACCACCGGCGGCACGGUUCAGCGGGUUGCGGCAGAUUGUGCCUUCUGCGGCACCACCAACGGCGCACCUCCGUUCUGCUGGGGAGCGGGAGGGGUGUGCACGCCUGACGCGGCCGCAGCCGUGGCUGCCGGUACUAUGAACCCGAAUUCGCAGCCCGCGCUCCCCAGGGCGUGCGUGGGCGGGCCGGUUGUGGCCUUGAAAGACACCACAGCCAUGCUCGCCCUCAAGGCCUCGCUGGGUGUCACCCUCACCACGUGGGCGGCCACUGUGCCGUGCCAACUUGCGGGGCAGACCACCACGGCUGCAGUGUGGAGUGGCGUGCUGUGUGACAGCACUGGGAGGGUCGUGAGCAUGGCUGUGGCUAACUCGAAGCUCAAGGGAUCACUUGCUUCGGACAUCUCCACGCUCACAGCCCUCACUUACCUCAACCUGCAGGGCAAUCUCCUCAGCUACCGCCUCGACUCCUUCACCACCAACCUCCGAGCCUUGCCAGUGCUGGCCGACAUCGGUGCGGUCUACAACUACUUCACCGGUACCGUGCCAGCGCUCGCCUCUGGGCUGCUCACUCUGGACGUGCGCGGCAACUUCCUCACAGACGUGCCCACAGCCAGCUACACGUGGUGCGGGGGCGCGGGCAACUGCCUGCUGACGCCCUCCAAGUGCACCAGCGGAGGCUCCGCCCAGCGGCCUGCAGCGGAUUGUGCCUUCUGCGGCACCACCAACGGCGUGGGGCCGUUCUGCUGGGCGGGGGCAGGGGGAGUGUGCGCGGUGGACGCGGCUGCACCCAUCGCUGCCGGCACUGUUAACUCGCCGACGCAGCCCGUGCGGCCGAUGGCGUGUGCGGGCGGCUCGGUGGUGGUCAUCAAAGAAAGCACAGCAGUUUGUCAUCUCUCCCUGCACCCGUGCACCAAGGCUCCUGUAUUGUACAGCCUCCACCCCAAUCGCCACCCUUUCUCUGCUCCUUACCUGUUAUUGGCCAAUCCGCCUCUCUUGUCUGUUCCCCCCCGCCUUGCUGUUUGCGCCCCUCGUCUUGCUGUGUGCGCCCCUCGCCUUGCUGUGUGCGCCUGUCGCCUUGUGUCUCACCCUCGCCUUGCUGUCUGUCUCACCCUCGCCUUACUGCAUCUCACGAAGCAGCUCUUCCAGGCGCCGCUGGCUGGUUUCACCGCCAACCUCCCUCCACUCACCGCUACCCUCAAGGAGCUCUUCCUGCAGUACAACUGGUUCUAUGGCUCCAUGCCCGCCGCACUCCUCAACAUGCAAUCGCUCAGUGUGCUUGGAGUGGGCUACAACUACCUCACUGGAAGCUUCCCAGCUUCGCCCACUCUGAAAACCCUGGACGUGCGCGGAAACUUCUUCUACACCAUGGGAAGCAUGACUCUCAGCUGGUGCGACGGCCACACCAACUGCUUCACCACUCCCUCUGUCUGCGGCAUGGGAGGCACCACACAGCGCCCCGCAGCAGACUCUACGGUGCUGCUGGCGCUCAAGUCGUCGCUGGGCGUGACGCUGAGCAACUGGAAUGCGGCAGCGCUGUGCACGCUGGAGGGGCAGACGCUCCUGCCCGCGCAGUGGGGCGGCGUGCGCUGCACCGCUGCCGGCAAAUGUGGUGGUGAUGCCUUUGUUCCCACUCCUUUGCCUCUCUCAUUCCUCCCCUGCCUCUCAUCCUUGGCUCCUCCCCCUCGUUGCCAUGCACCCACCGCACUCACGUGCCAUCUGCGCACAUCAGAAGAGGAUAGUGACAGGGCGACUGGGAGGUGUUUUGAGUCGGCUCAAAACACGUCCCAUCUGCGCACGUCAGAAGAGGAUAUUGACAUGGCGAAUGGGAGUUGGGAUGCACUGUGCAUAGCAUGCCAGCUUUCCUUGUCAGUGGGUGCACUGUGCAUAGCAUGCCAGCUUUCCCUUGUCAGUUGUGACUUGGGCUACAACCUCUUCCAGGGCCGUCUCGACUUCUUUGCCGCACCGCUCAAGCCCCUCACGUCGCUCAAGGCGCUCUUCUUCCACUACAACUACUUCGCCGGCUCGAUUCCUUCUGCCAUCGCCACACUUCCUCAACUCACCUCACUAGCUACCCUCCACUCACAACAAUCUCCGUUCCUCAUGCCCCAUCCGCUGUUCAUCCACCAUUUCCUCAUCCACUCCCCCUCCCCUUCCCCUCACCACCUUCCCCCCAACUUUCUCCGCUCCCCCCCAUUCCCCCCCGGCAGCGGCCUUUUCUCCAACUACCUUACGGGCACCGUGCCCAUCCCUGCCAAGACCCUGCUGGCUCUGGACGUGGGCUUUAACUUCCUCUCGGGCACCUUCCCGAAGCUGCCACUCAUGUUCUGUGCGGGCGACAACAACUGCUUCCUCAACUCCACCGCCUGCCGCACCUACGGCAUCGUGCAGCGCCCUGCCGGCGCCUGCGCCAUCUGCGGCACCGCCGCCGGCCAGGGCGACCUCUGCUUCGGCGGCUCCUGCGCUCCUGACGCCGCUGCUGCCGUCACCGCCAGCACUGUCAACUCGCCCAAUCAGCCCAUCCUGCCCAUGGCAUGCACAGGUGGUGUGUUGCUGGCGUUUCUGCUGAUCGCACCUCUGCCCGUCCUCCCCACUGCUCUCCUGCCAUUCCUCACCCCCGCACACUCUCCCCCUCUCUGCCUCUUCUUCGCUCUCCUCUGUUACAGACAAUCCCGCAGCGCCAAUGGACACAGGUUCAG